UCACACACAUACUACACAUCACACACACACACUCACACACACAACACAUGUCACACAUCACACACACACACACCAACACACCCACACACCACACAUCACACACAUACUACACAUCACACACACACACACACACACCACACAUCACAUACACACUCACAUACACUCACACGCACCACACCACGCACAUCACACACUCACACGCACACACACACUCACACACCACACACAUCACAUCACACACAUAUACUCACAUACACACUCACACACACCACACCACACACAUCACAUCACAGACACACACACACACACACACACACACACACACACACACACACACACACACAGCAGUCUUCAUUACUUUCACCAGGUGUGCUUCAGGGGGAGGGAAGUCUCAGGGCUGAGUGGGGACCUCUCAGGGGCUGUUUGGAUACCCUUGGAUGUGCUCGACUGCAGAAGAAAACAUCUCCUUGGCAUUCUGUGGACAGGUGGAAGGACUUGGCAUUCCAAGGGCAAAAAAACAAAGGGAGGCAAGCUCUCGUGGCAGGAUAAUGUAGGGAAGUCUAUGCUUUAUGCAGAUCCCUAUAAACAGAUCUCUCAUCAGAUGCCACAAAGAAUGUGAAGCUGAGGGACAGUGGGAAACAUGAAAUAGGAAGAAAGGAAAUAAUCCCAUGUGUGUGAAUUCAAUAAACUCUGUGCACGUGAGAGAUUACAAAUUACAUAAAUCCUCACCCACCAACCGAUCUGCCUCCUGUGCCAUAACACAGGGACAGCUUGACUCCCACAGAGUUCAGAUUUCAGUACAAGCUGAUUUCCUAGGAGCUAUUUAGGCAGGAUCUGGAUCCAAGGACACAAGCCCUGGACUUGGCACCAUGGCACUGGGAUGGGCCUUCAGCCUCUUUCUGUCUCUCUGCUUGCUUUGCCUGCUCAUCUCGAUUGCGUGGAAGAGAACCAGCAAGGGAGGGAAGCUGCCCCCUGGCCCCACACCAAUACCAGUUUUGGGGAACCUGUUACAAGUCCGCAUUGAUAACAUAUUUCAAUCCUUCCUGAAGGUGAGUAAAAAAUAUGGCCCUGUGUUCACUGUGUACUUUGGUCCGAGGCCAGUGGUUAUUUUGUGUGGACACGAGGCUAUGAAGGAGGCCCUGGUCGACCAAGCAGAUGACUUCAGUGGCCGUGGUGAAAUGCCUACAAUAGACAAGAACUUCCAAGGUCAUGGUUUAGCUCUGUCCAAUGGGGAACGAUGGAAGGUACUUCGGCGUUUUUCCUUGACCGUCCUUCGAAACUUUGGAAUGGGAAAGCGGAGCAUUGAAGAGCGGAUCCAGGAGGAGGCUGGUUAUCUACUGGAAGAAUUCCAUAAAGUCAAGGGAGCUCCCAUAGACCCCACCUUCUACCUGAGCCGCACUGUGUCCAAUGUCAUCUGUUCCGUGGUCUUUGGAAAACGCUUCGACUAUGAAGACAAAUGUUUCCAGAGCCUGAUGAAGAUGAUCAAUGAGAGCUUUGUGGAGAUGAGCAAGCCCUGGGCACAGUUAUAUGACAUGUUCUGGAGAAUCAUGCAGUAUUUUCCAGGAAGUCACAACUACCUCUAUGACUUGAUAGAAGAGCUUAAGGAUUUCAUUGCAUCCAGGAUCAAGAUCAAUGAAGCAUCCUUUGACCCCUCAAACCCUAGGGACUACAUCGACUGCUUUCUCAUCAAGAUGCACCAGGAUAAAAGUGACCCCAACACAGAAUUCAACCUCAAGAACUUGGUCCUCACCACCCUCAACCUCUUCUUUGCUGGCACAGAAACUGUGAGUUCCACCUUGCGCUACGGAUUCUUGCUGCUGACAAAGUAUCCCGAGGUGGAGGCCAAGGUUUACGAGGAAAUUAAACAGGUGAUUGGAACACACCGUAUUCCAACAGUGGAUGACCGGGCCAAGAUGCCCUACACUGAUGCUGUCAUCCAUGAGAUACAGAGAAUAACAGACAUUGUACCCCUGGGUGUCCCCCAUAAUGUCAUACGGGACACUCAUUUCCGAGGCUACUUUCUGCCCAAGGGCACAGACGUGUAUCCCCUGAUUGGCUCAGUCCUCAAAGAUCCCAAAUACUUCCGCUAUCCAGAUGCUUUUUAUCCUCAGCACUUUCUGGAUGAACAGGGGCGCUUCAAGAAGAACGAUGCCUUUGUAGUCUUUUCCUCUGGAAAGCGCAUCUGCAUCGGGGAGGCCCUGGCCCGCAUGGAACUCUUCCUCUACUUCACUUCCAUCCUUCAGAGGUUCUCCUUACGUUCUCUGGUGCCUCCUGCUGAUAUCAACAUCACUCACAGGAUCUCAGGCUUUGGCAACAUCCCCCCCACUUAUAAGCUCUGCUUCAUGGCCCGCUGAGUACCUGCCCACUGCCAGGCCAACAAAGAGUCCUCUGAGAGUUGAGCUCUGAUAGAA